AGGUUUUGCGGAAGAUUAAGAAGUAACCUAUGCGAAAUGGUGUACGGUCCAUGGGUGAUAUUAAAGCAUGACUUCUGUCACGCGACCAAAGUCUACCUAUGCCAUGACUACUUUUGCUUCUACUCAUACUAGUAGCAACUCCAUUGUCAUUUCAACGGUUAAUAUUGCAAGAAAGAGAGUAAAAUGAACACUGAUACUAAAGAGUUGGCUCAAUAUUACGAUGCCAUUAGCUCGGUUUAUUCCCAGAAUCGAUGUCGUGACGAAGCUUUGGAAUGGGUCGAUUUCGAUGAAAACGACGACGUGCUCGAUGUUGCAUGUGGAUCUGGAAGGUUGUGUAAAAUGCUGUCUCCUCGUGUAAACUCAGUUACCGGCUUAGAUAUCUCUCAUGGAAUGAUAGAAUUCGCUAGAAUUGAAAACUCAGGGCCCAAUAUACGAUUCUUUCAAGAAGACGCGCAGACGUUUGGUUCUCAUCUUACCAACUGGCGGGAAAAGUUCAACAAAAUCCUGAGCAUGUGUAGUUUGCAUUGGUGUUCUGACAAGGAAAAUGUGCUGAAGAAUGUUUACCACUGUCUAAAACCAGGGGGUAUAUUCGUUCUUAACUUCGUUACACAUGCGGAGCUCUUUUCAGAUUGGAGUUCCUACGGAGAGACAUGGGACUCAUGGAUUCGAAAACAUCCAAAAUGGUGUCAGUAUCUGCAGAAUCGCGACUACGAGGUGUUUGCAACAAAAAGUACUGAGGGUUUUCUGGACCUUAUGAGAUCAGUGGGUUUCGUCAUUGGACAUUCAGAGGUGAAGCAGGACCCUUGGGUUGAAUGGGAGGAAAGUAAUGUCAAAAAACAAAUACGCUGCUUGUUUUAUCCGAUAAAGUACAUCCCUCUGGAACACCAAGAAGAAUUCGUCGAUGACGUGUACAAACGGGCCUGUGACGUCACUCCUAAGAAGUCUGGUAAUGUUUACCAAGGUGAAGUAGGGAGAAUGGAACACAUGACCGUAAUGGCUACCAAAGAAUUGUUGUCCUGAGCCACUUAAGCACAUCCCUCGAUUUGUUUUUAACACCCGAACACAGUUUUGACCUAUUCCUCCAUCUUGAUGAUGCGGUCUUCUCUUGGAAUAAAAUUAGGGGAAGGCGGGGUAAGUAGAGCCUAUUAAAGCGUAAGUUGAGCCACUGCCACCAUUCCUAUUCUCAAUGGGUCUGCCAUGUUGGUGGUUCCAUAUAUUGAUGAUCCGUUGCAUAACCUCUAACCCCACCACAUUGUUU